AUGCAUACUGCUAGGCUAGAGACUCUACGGUGAGCGAAGUCCAUUAUGAAGUUCAUAUGACACGCGUGCUGCAUACUGCUAGGAUCAGCAAUGUCCAUAACGUCCUGUUUGAAAAACAAAAUGUCCUGUUAUACCGCUAACCUCACUGACACAGCACCACAGUUUCUUUAUAAAUUUAUCCCCUUCAUUUAAUUCCAUGUUCUCCAAGUGAAAAAGUAAACAAAUGCUACCGAUGUUGUCGUCUUGCAAACCAAGACAGAAAAGGGAAAAUCUUAACAUUAAAAUAGAGAUUAACCAAUUUACUAUUGACCGAGUUAAAGAGUCUAUGCUUUUAGAUGUUAUUUUUUACGAAAAUUUGUUAUGGAAACCGCACAUUACUAAUAUCGCUAGGGAAAGUUUUAAAAUCCACUGGUAUAAUCUAUAAAGCUAUGUGCCCAGUUGUUCAAAGGCCGAUUAGUGCUAGCCCAGGGUUAAAUGUUAACGCAGGUUUAUAUAUUUCUUUUUUCAAAAACCUUUUAGAAAAAAUUUCCCUAUUCUUUUUUAGAACAUCCAAUGAUCAAAUUGCAAGCAAAAAGAUUUGAACUGAAUUUUCUUUUAAAGCUUUCAAACCUGAAAUCAAAUUCCAUGCUAACCCUGGACUUAACCCAGAUUUGAACAACUCGGGCCAUGUCUCUGCCUACUUACUUCAACUUUAUGUACUCUGUUUUAUAGUCUUGUUUAUCCCUACUUACUUUAUUACAUUACGACAUGGGGCUCCACUUAUCCAUCCACCUUGAAACGUAUUGUCUUACUCCAGAAAAAGGUGAUACGAAUCAUAUCAAGAAGUAUUCUUUAACACUCAUACUGAACCUAUAUUUAAGCAGUCGAAAAUUCUCAAUCUAUACAGUAUAUAUCGAUUUAAAAUAGGAAAGAUCAUGUUUUUUUUCAAGAUGCUCUUAAAAGAUUAUUUUUGUUUUCGAGUAGCAUUCAUUAAUAUUGCUAUGACACCAGACAAUGCAAUUCCUUUUACAUACCCUUGCCGAAUAAAUAUCAAACAGUUUGCGUUAUGUUUCAAAGGACUUAAGUUUUCCAUUUUUCUGAAUAUUAAAAUCUAAAAUGUUUGCACACUUUCCCUGUUUAAGUCUAAAUUGCAAACAUAACUCCUAACUUGUCUCCCUUCUUAUUCUUCAUUUGCUUAUUUUCAUUUUUUUAAUUAUUUUUUCUUACUUUUCUUACGCUACUUAAGUAUAUGUUUGUUCGAGUGCCUGCUAGUGUUAUUGUUGUUUUAUUUUGUACCUUAAUCACGCCAUAAAACUGAUACCUCGCUUUUGUAAAAUAUAAGGAGCCUGUAGCUCGCAUAGGCCUCUUGGCUUCCCUACGGGUUUCCUUGUCUCAUGCUAAAUCUUCAGUUACAUCAUACUAACGUAUAUGUAAUUCCUUUUUUAGCUCAUUCAUGCUGAAAGACUUAAACAGGAUUUCGAUAUUCGGUUUACGUGCUCCGAACAUCGAAAUCCUGUUUAAGUCGUUAAAUUUAGCUUGGAUCUCUAGACUUUUGACAGUCUAUCGACACUCAUCUGAGACUUGGAAAUCAAUCCCGAAUCACUUAUUUGAAAAGUUUGGCGGUCUCAACUUUCUCCUUCAUUGUAAUUAUGACAAUAAGCUUUUAGCGAAAUUCAGCCUUCCACUUUUUUACAGGCAAAUCCUGAUGAACUUUCUUGAACUAAAGACCCUGUACAGACCCAACUACUUGUCAGACCUGCUUUUGUUUAACAACAAGGAAAUUAAAAUCGAUGGCAAUUCAAUAUUCUACUCAAAUUGGUCAGAAAAGGCGGUCUUAACAAUUCAGGAUCUUCACGAUUGCAAUGGAAAGUUCUUAUCAUUUCAAACAUUCCAACAAAGAUAUAACAUCAAAUGUAAUUUUUUAAACUAUCUUCAAGUUCUUACAGCGAUACCAAAAUAUCUACUUGAGAAGGCGAGAACCGUAUCUCCCAUCGACAUGCAUAAUUUCUCAGGUAACACUUACUACAAACUCUCUGACUCCAUUGUCAUAGAUUGAACGAAAAUGAAUUGCAAAGAUUACUACUUGCUGUACGUUAAUGCGACCAAAAUCGAACCCACCGGUCUAAAGAAAUGGCAAAAAGAUCUUAACCUGAAAAAUUUUAAUUGGAACCUUGCCUUCACCUAGAUAAGCAAAACAUGCAAAGAAAAUAAACUUAGAGAAUUUAACUACAAAUUAAUCCAUAGAAUAAUAGUCACCAGGAAAGAGUUAUAUGCCUAUGCAAUUGA